AUGGUCAGCUUAAGCAAGCUCACUCGGGCGGGCAGGAACGAACAGGAUGCGGAGAAUUGCGAUAGUACUGCUUCCCAACACAGGCGGACGUCAUUUUACAAGGCGAUUGGUCCCUACGGUUGCCAGCCAGACUCCGCUGUAAUUGAAGAGCAUACUGGUGAUGCUAUGCUGGGCCUCGUCAGGGACGAUAGAGGCAAGUGGCAAGGGGAUGGGACUAUUUUAUAUAACAACGGAGCUGGGUAUUCCGGUACUGUAGUAGACUCCCAGAGAGAAGGCCUUGGGGUAUAUAUAAGCAAAGGAGGGGCUGUGUAUAGGGGAGAAUGGAAGAAGGAUGAGCCUGAUGGGUUGGGCAAAUGGGAGCAAAGCGAUAGCAGCUAUUAUGUUGGCGAGUUUAAGGCUGGUCGUAAGGACGGCAAGGGGUACCACUUCUCGCCCUUUGGUGGCAGUAGUGGUGUUGGGGUCACUUACUAUGAGGUCUGGUCCGAGGGAAGUUUGAUUGACCAGAAUCGUGUGAGUCGACGGCCUAGUGAGGGCUGUUGGUGGGGUCGGUCGUCACUGACUAGUUGUGACACGUCUUGCAGAGGGUCUGAUUCGGUUCAUAGUAGAAACGAGUCUGACCGCUUGGGGGGUGAGGAAAGGACUGCUGCUGCCCGCUUCGAUGAGCUUAUUCUGCUCAACCUCAAUGGCUUCAAGGUGGUGGUGCGGACUGAAGUGGAUGCACUCGAUAAGCCCUUGAAUGAUGGUGCUUGCCCAGAAGGGCCUUGGCGACCAUGCAAUGAUAGUGCCACGGGCCUGCAUCAUCGUGCGAGUGGAACCUUCAACGAUGCUGAUGGUGCAGUGGUCGAGAUGAAGACCAAGAGCGCCUUUUUCCCCGACUUUCCUUGGAGGUCCACAUUCUACCAAAUGCUACUCGGCAAGGUGGACAAGUUGGUUCUGGGCUGGCACAAGAAGGGCCACUUUCCACCACCGAUAGAGUAUAGUUUCAAUGACGUACGAUCGAAGGCGAACGAUGAUGUGGACAAACGAUUAUAUCAAUUGGGCGUCUUACUCGACCGAGUAGUUUCCUUUGUGAAACAGGCAGGUGUUCCGAAGGCGCUCAAGCUGGUGUGGGAUGGUGGUGCUACUGAUCUCAGGAUUGAGGAAAGAUGUUUGGGCGGUGAUGACGAGGAGAUUACUCGUGGUACAUUAACUUGUAAAUUUUUUGAGUCGUACAUUCAACCGUAG